UUAGCAAUAACUAAAUAUGCCUGAAGUAGCAGAAGUUUCGCAUGUAUGUGCGUUGUUAAGAAGAAAUAUCAUUGGCUUCAAAAUGGAUAGACUCGGAUUGCUUAAUGAUCCACUCUUAUUCCCAAUGUUGAAAAAUAAUCCGAACGCAGAGAAUGAUUUGGAGGAUUUGAAGGGUACAUUGUUAAACUCGACAGUAAGCUCCGUAGGUAGACAUGGGAAGCAUUUCUGGCUCAGGUUGAAAUUGGCCAAUUCACAGCCGGGGGUUUUGCUUAUGCAUUUUGGUAUGACAGGAAUGAUCAAGAUUAGAGAUGUUAAUUCUCAUUUAGUAUUUAUGGAAAAUGGAGGUGACAAGAAAAUUUUAGAACAAAAGGCCAAAGAAGACUCUAAGGAUUUCAAAUCUGCUGAGACUGUAGUGGAAGAAGUUAAAGAAAGUGAAGAAUGGCCUCCUAGAUUCGUGAAAUUUGAUAUUGAUUUCGUGAAAGGUGACAAAAAAUUAGAACUUGCAUUUGUAGACCCUCGUCGUUUGGGGCGUGUCCGGUUUUUGACAGGAUCUGAAGUUGAAACAGAUGAAGGACUCAUGAAUCAAAAGCCGCUUGAAACAUUAGGUCCAGAUUAUUCCAAGAGAGGAGAUGAAGAAGAAUAUGUAAAGAAAGAAAAUUCUGACGAAGAAUUCGUAUAUGGGGAUCCCGAUCCACAUCAUCAUGGUAGACCUAGGCUUAGUCUUGAUGCCUUCAACAAGCUAGUGCUUUCCAAAAAGAAACCAAUUAAGAGUUUACUUCAAGAACAGGAGUACUUCUCUGGUAUUGGGAAUUGGGUUUCUGAUGAAAUCGUGUAUAACGCUCGAAUCCACCCGGCGGAAGUAUUAUCUGCGAAAUUACCGCCUUAUGAAAGUGGAAAUGUUGAUCCUAUAAUUGCCAGACUUUAUGAAUCCAUUAUCUAUAUUUGUGAGGAAUCGGUAAAGAUAGAGGGUGAUGUUACAAAAUUCCCAGAGAAUUGGCUCAUGUUGUACCGUUGGGGGAAACGUAGAAAGAAUGGACCAAAACCAAAGACAAAGGAAGGCUAUGAGGUAGAAUAUUUGACCGUUGGUGGCAGAACAAGUUGUUUUGCUCCUGAUCUUCAAAAAAUGCUUCCAAAGCCAACUAUUUUAAAAGAAGAAGAAAAGGACACAAAUGGGAAAGGAUCGCAAAGAAAGAAAAGAAAGCUUGAUUAAGUUAAUCAUAUAUAGAA